AUGUCUAUGAAAUUGAAAAGAGCAAGUUGUACUCAUUUUUGGAUGAGCUUUCUUGUAAGAUGACUCUGACGACUGAUAUAUGGACCUCGGACCAUCAAAACUUUGGGCAUAUAUGUUUGACUGCGCAUUUCAUUACUGACAAUUGGGAACUUAAGAAGAAAAUUCUUGCUUUUAAAAAGAUUGAAUACCUGCAUGAUGGAGAGACUUUGUUUAGAUUUAUCAAGGAUUUGAUCUUGUAGUGGAAAAUAGACAAAAAGUUGUUUUCAAUGGUUGUUGAUAAUGCAACAAGUAAUGAUGUCAUGGUUAGGCUUCUAAAGAGUUGGUUAAAGGAGAAGUCAUUAUUGUGUUCGAAGGGGGCAUUGUUUCAUGUGCGUUGUAGUGCACACAUUCUUAAUCUGAUUGUUCAGGAUGGGUUGCAAGUUAUUGUGAGUUUGAUAUCGAAAAUUCGUGAUAGUGUGCGGUAUUUGAAGCGGUCCCCUUCUGGGAAACAAAAAUUUGAUCUUGCAGUGAGCCAAUUGAAGUUGAAUGGUUUGAAAAAAGUCCCCAUGGAUGUUCCUACUAGAUGGAACUCCACUUAUGAGAUGCUUGAAGCCGCAUUACCUUUGAGGGAUGCAUUUGCUCGCUUGGACUUAAUUGAUAAGAACUAUGACCACAAUCCUUCAGACGAGGAAUGGGAGAUAGCAACGAUAAUUUGUGAGUGCUUGGAAGUAUUUUUUAAAGCCACAUGUCAUUUCAGUGGCACAUGUUUUCCCACAUCAAAUGUAUUUUUCCCUGAGAUAUGCAAGAUACAAAUGCAACUUAACGAGUGGGAGACAAGUGAAUAUGACUUUCUUCGUUUGAUGGCUAAGCCUAUGAGUCAGAAGUUUGCAAAAUAUUGGGACGAGUCUUGCUUGGCACUCGCAAUUUCUGUAGUUCUUGACCCAAGAUGCAAAAUGGCUGUGGUGGAGUUUUAUUAUGAGCAAAUAUAUGGCCCUUGCGAGUCCACCAGUUACAUUGACAGGGUCCAUACUAUCUUUUCUAAGCUUUUUGAUGAGUACGACAGUGGCGGAGGUGUUUUAGAGGGUAGUAGCUCGAGUCGAAGUCACGCGGUCAUGGGUUCUUCCAAACAUAACUUGGAUGGCUUUUAGGAGUGGUACGAAAAGGCACAUGCUUCUAGCAUCCGUGCGUUCCAGAAAUCAGAGAUGGACAAGUACUUAGAGGAGAUUGUGUUUCCAAAUACUGAGGACUUUAAUAUUUUACAUUGGUGGAAGGUAAACAGUGGGAAAUAUCAUACUUUGGCAAGGAUGGCACGUGAUAUUUUGGCUGUUCCGGCUACUACAGAUGCUUCGGAGGCGGCGUUUAGCGUGGGAGGUAAAGUAAUUGAUGAAAGUCGUGCUUCUUUACUUCCGGAUAUCAUAGAGGCUUUGAUGACUACCAAUGAUUGGAUUGAAUCCCAUAAGAAAAUAAGUAAGUUUGAUGAAGCAAGUGUUGCCGAACAACGAUGUUAAUAGAGGUAAAGGCGUUGCAAGGCCUAAAGAUGGGUUCUAACCAUAUGCUUCUGACUUUGAUAUUGUUGAUGAGGCUAGUAGCAGGAGGGGUGGUGGAGGAGGGGUCUCCUUUUGUUUUCGAAUAGAUGGAGCUUGGCAAAAACAAGGAAUUGCAAAUGCUGCCAUCUUCAUGGACAGUUUGCUUCUUAUUAAUUUUUUGCAAAAAGAUAUUAAACCAGAUGAGUGGUUAUGUAAUAGGUUGAACUCUAUAUCGAUUGUAAAUUUUAGCAAAGUCUCAGUGCAAGGAAGGGCUAGUUAUUGUAUGACUGUUGUAUUUUGGUAAUGGUAUAGUUUGGAU